ACCAAAUGGGACAUUCGGCAAAAAGUUUGGGAUUAUAUGGAAGCAAACGACCUGGCAAACUUCCCAAGGCCGGUUCAUCACAGAAUCCCUAAUUUUAAGGGGGCUGCCCGAGCUGCAGAAAAUGGGUCAAACUUGUGGGAGUUCAGGAUUGCGGGGAGGGUCAAAGUGAACCCUGACGAGCCUCAGGAACAGAACCGUUUUCUCACCUUGGAAGCAAAAAAAACCUUGCUGGUCCCAACACCUCGGCUUAGAACAGGGCUGUUCAACAAGAUAAUCCCUCCAGUGGGAGCCUCGAAGGAAAUGCUCAGAGUGUGUUCUACGGCUCGGGGGGUGAAGGAGUACAGUGUGCCGGUAGGACUUGAUGCUAAAGUCCAUGUAGAUCUGAUUGUGGUGGGUUCUGUGGCCGUUUCAGACAAAGGCUGGAGGAUUGGCAAAGGCGAGGGUUUCUCUGACCUGGAGUACUCGAUGAUGGUAUCGAUGGGAGCUGUGGAUGAGAAGACAGUUGUGGUGACCACGGUACACGAUUCCCAGGUGCUUGACGUCCCAGGAGAGUUGAUGGAAGAGCACGACCUUACAGUAGAUUAUAUCCUUACCCCCACCCGGGUGAUCAGAACAAACUGCAGACGCCCCAAGCCAAAGGGGGUUAUAUGGUCCAAGGUGGACUCGCAGAUGAUGGGAAAAAUACCGAUCCUAAAACACCUUCGAUUCAAAGAAAAACAAGCAGGAAAAGACGUCCGACUGAUGGAAGGAACGAUCCCAGCGAAGGGGCAGAUGUGUUUGGAUGACGAUACACUUUCUCUGGGAGUUGGGGCCGGGGUUAAAAAUAGCCGAUCCAAAACGUUCAGAAAUAGCAACAGCCGCGCGGGUAAGGAAUCCGAGGCCGAAAAAGGGUUCGGUGUUUCAAGCAGCAUUACCACGGUUUACAUUGGUAAUAUACCUCACAACCUGAGAGUCAGUGAACUGAAGGAUGUCCUGAGAGAGCACGAUGCUGUGCCAGUGCGACUGAACUGGAAGGGAGCCCAGCACAGAGCCUUUCUCGACUACAGGGAUGAAGUAACUGCAGGGAAAGCCGUGACUUCUCUGAGUGGCCUGAGGAUUAGUGGGAUCGCGGUUCGGGUUGAACUCGCCAAGAGCCAGAGGGAAACCAGGCUGAGAGAUCAAGCCACUAAGAAACCAACUGUACUACCCUCGGCCCAGCCUGGCCCAUAAGUACUUUUGAGAAUUGCUCCGAAAGUCUUAAGUUACGUUUAAUUUCCAGUGGAGUCAGAUUAGUGGGCAUUGACCGCAUUCAGUGGGUUUAGAGAAACUUCUGAACAAGUACAGCACUCAAUUACUUCUUCUCGGUGGUAUGGGAAACUCUGGAAGCAACAAAUGAAGUUGGAAACGUAGUUUGAUGUGACUUUAUAUUGAAAUAAAAAUGUUUUGGGGGACGGCUGUGGUUAAGACAGCACCGUAUACAGUAAAGCGUCACUGUAAGAUGCUCCGAUAUUAAAGCAUUCU